GGGUCCAAGCUCUGUUGCUGGAAAGCGGGCUGGUCUAAGAAGGGGAGAUUUUGGGAGCCGUCCCGCCCCGCAGAUCGCCCUUUACUGCUCGUUUUGGGAGACGGAGGUGCCCAAUCCUACGAGGCAUAACCACUCCCGUCGCUGGCAGGGUCUAAGAGUCAGGGUACCUGGGUUCUAGCCCCUUCACUUGCAUGGACGUGGCGUGAUCCUAGCCCCCCCUUUUUUUAUCGAGCCUCAGUUUCCCCUUCCGUAAAACAGAGGAUUGGAUCUGACGAACGCUAAUAUUCCAGACCGUAAUGGGGUGCGGAGGGGGAGAUGGGGGACCUACACGUGACCUCCCGCGUGGGGCCCCGCCUAUCCCUGGUCCAGGGGAUGAAAGCGCCCAGCGAGGACGGGAGGGGGUGGGCGGAUCCUAAGAAACCCUACCCGGCCGCCCUUGGCAGCAGCUAAGGCUGAGGGCGCGGCUCCGCGGCCGGCUAGCCCUGGCGACUGCACCGGAGGAGGAUGGCGACCGCAACCCGGGCUUCGCGGGUGGCUACCGUGGAGGCGAGGACUGCGCAGAGAUUUGGCGUGUGACUAGGAGCGCACCUGGGGAGGAUGGACGAGGGGACGGGAAACAGCUAACGGCUCUCUCUCCGCGCCGAGUCCGCGGAAGCGCACGUCGUGGAUCCUGAGCGGCUCUGUAGACAGCAGCGGCAGUGGCUAGCUCCUCUCAGGCCAUGAGGAGUGCUCGGGCCGCCUGGCCAGGGGACGCCGUCGGGGCUGGCUGUGUCCUGCUGCGCUGAGGGCGUGAGGCUGAGAGGGGCGCAGGCGGCCGGGCUGCGCCGGAGAGCAGCGCCAUGGCGAAGGAGGAGUGCAAGGCACUACUGGACGCGCUCAAUAAGGCGACUGCAUGCUACCACCACCUGGUACUGACCAUCGGCGGCUCCGCGGACUCGCAGAACCUGCGAGAGGAGCUGCAGAAGACGCGCCAGAAGGCGCAAGAGCUGGCGGUGGCCAUCCGCGGCCGACUGACACCUCCGCUGCGCGACCGGGGCCUGGGCGCUGAGGAACGUGCCGAGUUUGAGCGCCUCUGGGUGGCCUUCUCUGGCUGCCUGGACCUGCUGGAAGCGGACAUGCGGCGUGCGCUGACCUUGGGCACCGAGUUCCCGCUGAAUAAGCCGCUGCGGCCGCUCGUGCGUACCGGGGUGGAAGGCGGCGCAGCGAACGUAGCGGCGCGCGCCCUGAGCGCCCGCAGCCUGCGGCACGAGGCGGAGCGCGGCUUCGACGUGGAAGACCUUCACCAGCUGGAGCGGGAGAUCCUUCAGGUGGGAGAGAUGAUCCACGAUAUGGAGAUGAAGGUCAACGUGCCCCGCUGGACGGUGCAGGCCCGGCAGGCGGCAGGCGCCGAGCUCCUGGCCAGGCCCAGCGCCGGCGUCUCCUCGAUGCGCUGUGUGUCCGUAGAGCAGCGCAUGGGGCCCUGCGACCUGAGCAAGGCCCUGGCCGCCACCAUCUUCAGCGCCGUGCUGCUGGCGGCUGUGGCCUUGGCCGUGUGUGUGGCGAAGCUGAGUUGACCCAUACGCGAACGACCUCCUCGCUACCCGGAGACACCCCUCGGAGAACAUCUGCAACCGCCAGGACUAGGGAUGAGAGUGGGAUCUGGCAUGUUUAAGGGGAGCGGUUCUAAAACCCUGCGUGUGUACGUUUAUGUUUAUACGCGCGUUUCAAGCACACAUCUGCCUGGGCAGAACAUGGCUUCCUCUUGAUGGCCCGGGAGGAGUUAAUUUUGCGCGGGCCACCGGGUCAUUACCGCUAAUGUAUGCAGGAGCUUUAUCCCCUAUUAAUAGUUCGUAGUGAGCGGAGAUUCCUCCGAGUUAAUACCGCCUGUGCUGCCGGGGCGUGUUUACACUGAGUCUGAGCUUGGUGUCCCCACCCCUGCCGGUGAUUCCCAUUCUCCGAGUGGGGCAGUUUGGAAAGAGGGUGAGGUGAAAUGAAGUGUGUUUUGGCCUGUGUGUGUGUGUUGGGUUUGUUUUCUAGACGAGAAAACAAACUGCAAUAAGAGGUAAGCAGUUUUUAUUACCUUAAUCCUUUGGGGCCUAAGCUUAGGAGAGUGUGCAAAUAGAAGUUCAUGCAACGUGCUUUCUUUUAGCACAUGAUUACACACUUCUGCACACCCUUGCCUAUUGAAAAGGGCUCUGCCCAGUCAGUCUGGAAGGGGUGCAAGCUUUGGGAAGGGCCACCGGCUAUCUAAACAGGCACUUUCUCCUUAGCUGGGGCUUAUUUUUGUUCCAGAACUAGACUAGAGUUUUUAUCCUCCUUUGGGGGAGGGCUGGGGAAUCCUCUUUGGAGCCCUUAAUCCUAUCUAUCCCUUGGAAUUUGCUUGCUGGCCAGUAGGAGAGCUGGCUUUGGAGGGAGCUGCACAGCUCCCUGACCUGGACACUGCCCCCUGAGAGGGUCAAGUGGGGCAUCACUGGGCACAGAGGUCUUGAGCCAAUUAGCCCUGAGACUGGGUUAGAACGUAACAGCUUUAACUUCAAAUUUAAGGAGAUUAAAAAAAAAAAUCAUUUGUUAGAAAAAUCCUGUAGCCACAUUGUGUACUGUCAAAGCUGUUAUUUUUUUUAUAAAGGACAUUUGGCCACGAAUUCAUACGGGUACCAAUGAGUCAUACACAGUGUCUUUACUUAUAUACUUAGAUUGCUAAACAUACAUCUCCACCUAUUUUUAAAAUCUAUCUUCUUAAGGCAGGAGAUCAUAGCAUAAACUACUGGAACCACAGAUGUAGAUGACAGAAGUUAGGUGGCCCUAGCCUCUUUGUGGCAGUAAAUAAGGAAAUGUGGUAAACACCUUAGGUCCCAGGCUAGAAUUUGCCUGAGCACUGAGCUCCCACCUGUGGAUCAGAGAGAGCCUUGUUGGGGAAGUAAGGCUGAGAAAACAGAUGCGUUUAACUCUGAAGGUAGUUUGGAAUAAAACCCAGAGAUUGGUUUGGCUGAAAAGUGACACGGAUUUUUUUUUUCUCUCUCUCUUUUUCACCCCAGAAGUGAGAAAGGGGACUAGGAGGAGGGAAUCGGCAAGUUUUCACAAGGGCAGUUUGGAGGGUCAAGGGUCAGAAGCAAAUAGCAGCAGUAGUGCUGUCUGGGCACCCAGUCCGACAGGCCACCCUCUCCCAGCCUUGAUCACCCACUCCCACUCCCACUCCUCCUGAGCACACAGAUUCCAGUACUGUAGAUAGUGAAAGCAGAGGAUCUGUUUGUGUGUUUCUGUGAUAAUGGUUUUAAAAGACCCAGAAGUCUUAAGCCGAUUAAGAGUUCUAUAACAAUAACUAAUAAAAGGAACUCCUUCUGCUUCAUCCGAUCUGGGUGACUGAAUUGGGCCAUGUCAAAUUCUUUUUACACAUGCCUUCCCAGGGUACCUUCAGAAAUGACACAGAAAGUUUCCUAACUCCCCUCUUCCUCAUCCCACAUGCAACACAACACAGAAUCUCUGUCACCUUCCCCAAAGUCUCAUUUCUUUCAGGUAAGGGGAGGCUGGGGGGACUUCCCUGGUGGCUCAGUGGAUAAGAAUCCACCUGCAUUGCAGGGGACACGGGUUUGAUCCCUGGUGCAGGAAGAUCCCAUGUGCUGUGGAGCAACUAAGCCCGUGCGCCAUAACUAGUGAGCCUGUGCUCUAGAGCCUGUGGACCACAACUACUGAGCCCGAGUGCUGCAACUACUGAAGCCCUCGCGCCUAGAGCCUGUGCUCCGCAACAAGAGUAGCCACCACAAUGAGAAGCCCGCGCACCACAACGAAGACCCAAUGCAACCAAAAAUAAAUAAAAUUAAAUCUUUAAAAAAAAAAAAAAAGAGGCUGGGGCAUAUUGUGACCCAGUGUUGGAAAAUAUCCCUAAAUAUAUUCUGUUGUCUCUAAAACUGUGAUUCUUUGUCCUUAUCAACGAGUUUUGGGUCAUGAUUCAUCAGAAUGUAUUAAAGAAACAACCCAUCAGAAGUUGUGUAAUCCAUUGCUUCUCUGCCUUUUGGCUAAGAUCAAGCAUGGAAGUUGUGUAAUCCAUAGAGAUCAAUUGGGACAAGCAAAAUUCUUGUUUUCGCUCUUUCCAGCCACUUGGCACAUCCUUGAGUAUUUACUUAUAUGUGCAAUCAGAUGUGUACCUGAUUCUGAGAAUCCUCUGCUCACUGAACUUAGUGAUAAAGUAUUGCACACACACCAAAAAAGCUGAAUUACAAUAAACAUAUUUAUCCUGUGGACAUGUUAACCUAUACAACUCUUUGAAAAUGUUAAGCAUUUGUAAUAUUUGGCAUUAUUUGGAGUUAUAACAUUGCCUAAUAGGACUUUUGCUAUAUGAUGUAAGCAAAAUCACUUUCUGCUUGAGCAAUAGGCUGCUCAAUAACAGCAAUAUCUCCCUGCUGUCAUUUCUAUGUAUAAUUCAAGAGGUUGCUUUCUGGUAGAAGCCUGAUUCAAUGUAGAUGUUGGAUAUCAAAGUCAUUAAUUUUCUAAAAAUAUUUGUUAUGAUAUUAUACCAUGAUACAAGUGAUUAAAAAAUUACAAAUAUUUAAUAUAGGGUAUAUAUGAUAAUGGUCAGUGUUAGAGUCUACUUUCCUAAAUUAAAGGUACAAGUUAAAGGAUAGAUAUUUACCUCAAAAGUUAAGUGCUAUUUUAAAUCUCUUGUAAAGUUAAUACCUGUAAGAGAAAACAUGCCUGGCUUCUCUUUUAGGAAAAUAGCACAGCUUUAUCUGAUACUGAGAAGACAAGAACUUGGAAUGCCAAGGCACUUAUCACGGGAACUUUCAACUAUUCCUAUUAGAAAAAAACAGAAAACACGAUAAUGUUUGUAGAAGAAAAAUAUGCCUGGCAAAUUCUUUUUUCCUGUUCUCUAAGAAUGUAUGCUUUUAAAUGCCACAAGGGAAAAUAUUUUUGGUAAGUCAAAUUAGAGCAUAAACUUCACAAUUUACCUAAGGUUUACAAUAAGCUACAUAAGAGAUGUGUGCUGUCCAAUGACUAAAAAGCCGUUUGGGUUGAAGAGAGUUCUAGUUUGCAUGAGGACCCUGAUCAUGCUGCAUUUUCCUUUUCAAUGUGCACAUUGAUACAUUUUUAGCUACACAGUUACUUCUCAGAAUGCAGUUCUCUGUUCUGUAAUGAAUGUUUGUGAAGGGUACAAGCCCCAAAGUGUGAUCCUGCAAGGCAGGCUAAGAAACAAAAGUGCUUUAGCAGUGGCCUCUGCUUUCCUUUGGGGAAUGCCUCCUCCUGCAACGUGGGACCAGCUGUGAUGGGCAGGGCUCUGCCUUUCUCUCUGAGUACCCCAGACAAGUCACUGACCUCCCUGUGCCUCACUUCCCUCAUCUUUGAAAUGGGGGGGGGGGCAACUGAUUAACUCAAAGUUCCCUUCCAGGGCUUAAAACAUUUAAUAGAAUGCAGUUAAACGAAAAAGGGUUGUUUUGUUUGGGGGUUUGGUGGGGAGGGGGUUGUCAUUGUUGGUUUUGGUGCGUAUGGAAAUGGAAUCUUAGUUUGUCUAAAAUUAGUCUGUUGGUAAAAUUCCAUAUGAAUUUUAAAAAUCAGAAUGAAGUAAGCUUACUGCGAUUUUAGUCCACAUCAGAAUUAGUGUCUGGACUUAAAAGCAAAUUUGUAUAAAUGCUACUUACUUAUAGUGUUUAAAUUAGAUUAGGAAUUUAAAUUCAGACUCUUAAGUCUGAGUCCAAGAAAGCCUAGUGUUUAUUCAACAGUUUGUUUUACCCAGCAAUCUAAACUGAUUCUGGUAAAUUACAGAUGUGAAAUCCCAUCAUUUGUGAUGGAGUCUAAGAGAAUCCUGUUCUGUAACUGACCUGGUGCCCUCAGAAGUAUAAUUGCAUUGGCUGCCUGAUUUGGGGAAAUGAGCACAGCAUGGGCUGUUUUGUAUAUGGCAACAGAUCCUAGUUGGAAUUAAAUGCUCCGUGUCUACUGUUUGAAUAACUUGUCUAACUAAAUGGCUAUUAAUAAUUAAAAAUUAAAGAUAACGUGCAGCAUUUAUAACUUAGUUGAAAAAGGCACCCUCAAAUGAUUCAGCUAUCAACUCCUUUUUUUUUUUUUUUUUUGGCGGUACGCGGGCCUCUCACUGUUGUGGCCUCUCCCGUUGCGGAGCACAGGCUACAGACGUGCAGGCUCAGCGGCCGUGGCUCACGGUCCCAGCCGCUCGGAGGCAUGUGGGAUUUUCCCAGACCGGGGCACGAACCCGCGUCCCCUGCAUUGGCAGGCGGACGCUCAACCACGGCGCCACCAGGGAAGCACAACUCUUAUGAGUUUUUAAGAUAUUCUUAAUCUUCUUCAUGCACAUUUAAAUUGAAGUGAAUAUCCUGAUCAACAUAUUUACCCUUCACAGAUUUCAUUACAUAAAGAGAUGUUCAGAAAGACUCCAGGAUUAUAUAUCUCCAGGUGCUUUUCUACAAUACAAUUAUACUCAUCUUUUAAUGCAGGAUGGAAUCCAGGAAGAAUAGUAGGUCUCCACAUAAACAAUCUUUGGCUGUGGUCACUGUAGAUCAAAGUCAUGUUCAAAUACUGUUUCUUUGGCUCUUAGGAACUGACCGAAGGUGCAGGAACUGACCACAUGCUGCAGCUCUCUGUCCAUGAGCACAAGAUGGAUUUCUGGAAAAGCAUUCCUCUCUUUCAUUUACUUAUUUUCAUCUCAUUACACAGAGGAUUGUGGGUGUUUUCAUUGCAGUACUGUGAGAUCUUGGGCAUCCUGCUUCUUUGGUGUUUCAGUUUAGAAUGUUAUAACCUUAAGGCUUAUAUGACAAACGUAAACAAGCCAAAUGAGAACUCCUGUUGGCAAAAUGAUUUUCAAGAGUCCUUCUAACAUGCUGUUGUCAGAAAGCAAAUUGGAAUGUCCUUUGUCUGUAGGUAUGUGUUAGGCACAUAGAGAAGAUCUAAGAGGAAAUAUACAGAAAUGAAAAUGUAAAGGUGGUGGAAUUAUGAAUGGUAUUUUUUCAAUAUAUUUUUAUUUAAUAUUCUUAUAUUGUUUUUACAAUAAAAGUUUGAAUGCUCUUAUCAUCUAGAAAUUAUUAGUUAUUAAAAUAUAAAUUUUAACAGGGUCUCAUUUAUAAUGAGAAACAAUUUCAGAACACACAUCCCCUCCCCCACCCCGCCAGGCGCCACAAACAGGCAAAGCAAAACUUUUGGCAUCUUACCUGCAGGGAAUCAGAAGCACGUUUUGAAAUGCAGCAUCAAGACAGAAUAGCAUCGAGGUUAGGAGCACUGACUAUGGAAUAGGGUACCCCUGAGUUCAGAUCCAUUCUUUUUUUUUUUUUUUUUUUUUUGUGUUACGCGGGCCUCUCACUGUUGUGGCCUCUCCCGUUGCGGAGCACAGGCUCCGGACGCGCAGGCUCAGCGGCCAUGGCUCAUGGGCCCAGCCGCUCCGCGGCAUACGGGAUCUUCCCGGACCGGGGCACGAACCCGUGUCCCCUGCAUCGGCAGGCAGACUCUCAACCACUGCGCCACCAGGGAAGCCCCGGAUCCAUUCUUAUUGAAGAUUUUCAUUAAUCUCCCUGACCUCAAUUUCCUCAUCCUUACAAUGGGAGUAAUAAUAGGAUAUACUUCAUAGGGAUAUUGAGAUAAGACUUUUUGCAGGCACAGGGCUCAAUAAAUGUUGGCUGCCU